AUGACAUAUCUUCACCAGUUUAUCACCAGUAAUUAUGACAUGGACACUUUCCGCGUGAAGCUGGACCACAUAGAUUUUUAUCGCGCGCAACCAUCGAAAUUAGACCCAUGUUUAAGAUGUAAUGUUUCGCCAUCGCAGCUUCACAACGAGCCAAAAGUCCCCAUUAUCAGGAUAUUCGGAGCCACGGAGACAGGACAGAAAGUAUGUGCCCACGUGCAUGGUGCAUUUCCUUAUCUGUUCGUGGAAUAUGGGGGGAGCCUGAAACCCAAUGAUGUUGGUACAUAUAUUCAAAAGCUUCAUCUUGGGAUCGAUCAUUCUCUGGCUGCUAGCUAUCGUCACAAUGGUAACAAUUAUAAUUCUCGGUUUGUGGCACGAAUUACACUCGUCAAAGGGAUUCCAUUCUAUGGCUUUCACGUUGGAUACAAGUACUUUUUGAAGAUACACAUGUUAGAUCCAUUGGUUAUGACACGUCUCUCCGAUAUAUUACGCCAGGGCACCAUUAUGAAGCGGAUUUUUCAACCAUACGAGGCACACAUUCCAUACCUAUUACAAUGGAUGAUAGAUUAUAAUCUAUAUGGAUGUAGCUACAUAAACUGCAGUCAAGUUUUAUUUCGGGCCCCAGUCCCUCAAUUCGAGAACUUGAAUCAUAUUCCCCACCUCUGGCACGAUCUCUCAAUCCCGCCGGACUUGAUAAGUAAGGGAGAAACAUUUCCUCGCAUCAGCCACUGCUCCCUCGAGGUAGAUAUUUGUGUGCAAGAUAUACUUAACCGACAUGAAAUCAAGCCAAGAAACCUUCAUCACGACUUUGUUGAGCGUCUAAAUCCGUUUAAGCCCAAUGAAAGAUUGGUAAAUAGCAUGGCUGCGUUGUGGAAAGACGAGACACGAAGACGAAGAGCUCAAAUGUCUGACCCAGGCUUAACAAGCAGUCCCUUCCCCCCUGAAGUUCUGAUAUCAAUGUCGGCUGGUGCAAGGUACUCACAGCCAGGUGGUUGGAUUCAUGAGGAAGAAUAUAAGCGCAAGAUUAAAGUGCUUAUCCUCCAGGAAAAAAAUAAUUGUGAUGGCGUCGAAGUGACUUUUAAGAACUUUGUAAGUCCAGAACCCCACGAAGCAUCUGUCAAGUCAGUAUUAGAAGCUGUCGAAGAUCUUUAUCCACAUAACAUACGGCCAGCCUUGGGACUUACUCCUGUUCGAAAAGCUGGGUUCGGAUUGGAAAAUAUUACGGAAGCCAAACAAGAUGAGAAGAAAUUUAACAACCUGGCUAAGUUUAAGGAUGAAGGUCAUUCAUAUGACCUCGAUAAUGAAGUUUUAGCUGAAGAACUAUCCUCUCAAGAUGAGGCUGAAAUAGUAUUGGACGGAGAUCCAUUGAAACUUCUUAGUCCAUGCAAUGCGAGUUACAUGGGCGACUCACCAAAACCAACACUAGAUAUUUUCAACAAAGAUCUAAUAAAUGGCGGCGUAGGUACUUUGAAUAUUUCGACCAAUAAGUCCAGGAGCUUAUCACACACAGAUGAAGUCGGAAGCAAAGUAGUAAGAUUUAAGACUGGUCACUUAAAUAGCUUCGAGGAGAAACAAUCAACUUUAACUGCUGAAGUGAAGUUAGAGAGUAAGAUAAGUACAAAGAGACUAGCUGGGACCAAAAUUUCAUCAGAUCAUGUAAUUAAGCGCCACCGUAUUUUACCUAGCAUGGAACACUGCAAAGUUUUUUCGGAAAGAGAUUCAUCGGAUCAUUUAAACCCUGAGCCGCCAAGGGGUUCCGUCAAAUCUCCGUCUAUUUUCAUAAAGACAGAUCUUACGUCAUCUCCUUCACUAAUGGGUAUUUUAAACUCUAGAAAACCAUCAAAUAGAACUAUUUCCACUCGACAGAGAAAAAAAGUUUCGAGGAAUGUCGCCGAAAUUCAGGAAAAUAUCCUUCCAUUUCCCGUUGUGAAGGAUCCUUAUCAUUCAAGUCACAAUCUAUGGCAAUCUCAGAGAAAUAAAUUACAAUCCUGUUUAGAUGGCAAGGAAAAUAUAUCACUUCCCAUUCCCCGUCUCUCAAUCCCAUCUCCACAAGCCUCCACCAACAGAUACCCUAGCUCGAGCUCGUUUGCACUUAGAUCAGGAUCUCAAUCAAAGACAAUUUCUCUUGUAUUAAACAGUAUGAGGCGUAAAUUUCCACACUGCUCAACUCGAAAUCUUCUUGCAUUUCAUAAACUAUCUCCAUCCAGCUCUGAAUUGAUUUCGACUCUGCCAGAUUUCAAACUUCCAUCUUUCAUUUAUCAGGAUCCCUUUUACAGUAAUGAGUCAGAUAUACCUGAACGUGCAAGGGAUUAUGCGGGAAAGGAAUUUAGGCUUGAAGGUCUAUCUAUCUCUUUCCUCCCAGACUUUGACGCAACUUGCAACACCAAGGAAAUAAUUCAACGUGGAGCUGACGAUUUUGACUGGUCAAAAGUAGAAUAUAGCUACCAUAAACGACGUCAAAAAUGUAGGCUUCGUAGCUGGCAAAUCAUUAACCCACCACCCUCUUACCAAGAUGUUUUAGACUGGGCCGAAAAUGAGAAAGCAAAUUCUAGCUGUUUAAAAGUACAAUCUAGUAGCACUGCCAAGAAACAUAUUGCUGCACAGGAGAGGUACCCCCACUCUCAGAUCGAAGGCCCCACGCAACGAAAUAAGCAUGGCUUUAAGUACUCUCAUAACCAAGAGGCAACAAGUGUUAUACAGGAAUCACAGCAUAUGAGUUUAUUCAGUCUUGAGAUUCAUGUAAACACAAGAGAAAAUCUAUCACCUGAUCCAGAAAAAGACGAGAUUCAAUGUCUUUUCUGGUGUCUUCAGCUAGGAGAUAUUCAACAUGAAGACGGCAUGUCUUCCAACGAACUAAAAUUGGGAGUUAUUACUGUUUCAGAUGAUGGAUUAUUAGCACAGAAAAUACAGAAAAGCGUUACGGCUGAAGUGUGCCAAGAAUCAUCAGAAUUGGACCUCAUCAUUCGUAUUGUUGAAAUCGUGCGAAGGUUUGACCCAGAUAUCCUGACUGGCUACGAGUUACAUGGAAGCUCUUGGGGCUAUUUGAUACAGCGAGCCUACACAAAAUAUGAGUAUAAUCUUUGUGAUGAAUUGAGCCGAAUUAAAUCGACAGCUUAUCAUGUGUUCAAAAAAGAUAAAGAUCAAUGGGGCCUCUUAGUUUCCUCUGCUAUUCACAUAACGGGAAGACAUAUGAUCAAUAUUUGGCGUGCCAUGAGGAAUGAGCUAAAUCUCCUCCAGUACACACUAGAAAAUGUCACUUUCCAUCUCUUAAAUCGUCGAACUCCUCACUUUACAUGGUCAGACUUAACAAAAUGGUUUUCGAGUGGUAAGACACGAGAUUUAGCUCGAGUGAUGAAUUACUAUCUAUCACGAGUGAGGCUUAACUUGGAGAUCCUCCAACGUAAUGAGCUAAUUGAAAGGACUAGUGAACAGGCUCGAUUGCUUGGAGUUGACUUCGCAUCGAUCAUCUCUCGCGGCUCCCAGUACAAAGUUGAAUCCCUUAUGUUCCGCAUUGCCAAAGCUGAAAAUUUUAUUCUGAUUUCUCCUAGUCGCAAACAAGUUGGUGGCCAAAAUGCCCUCGAGUGUCUUCCGUUGGUUAUGGAGCCCCAAAGCGCCUUUUAUACCAAUCCUGUCCUCGUCCUUGACUUCCAAAGCUUGUAUCCGAGUGUGAUUAUUGCAUACAACUAUUGUUACUCAACAUUUUUAGGGCGCAUCGUCAAUUGGCGUGGCCGAAAUAAAAUGGGCUUUACCGAUUAUACUCGGCAGCAAAGGUUGGUUGAGCUGCUACAAGAACAUAUUAAUAUCUCACCAAACGGCAUCAUGUACGUUAAGCCCGAGAUUCGAAAAUCACUUCUAGCCAAGAUGCUCGGUGAAAUUCUCGAGACCCGAGUCAUGGUCAAAAGCGGUAUGAAGAUGGAUAAGGAAGACAAGGCACUCCAGCGCCUACUCAAUAACCGACAAUUAGCUCUCAAGCUUAUCGCAAAUGUCACAUAUGGCUAUACGUCAGCGUCUUUUUCGGGACGAAUGCCUUGCGCAGAGAUUGCAGAUAGUAUUGUUCAGACAGGGCGUGAAACCUUGGAGAAGGCAAUAGCUCUAAUCCAUUCUGUCAAACGAUGGGGUGCCGAGGUGGUUUACGGGGACACUGACAGUUUAUUUAUAUGCCUAAAGGGGCGUACCAAGGAUCAGGCAUUUGAUAUUGGGGAAGAGAUUACCAAAUGUAUCACCGAUAUGAACCCAAAGCCUAUAAAGCUCAAAUUUGAAAAAGUUUAUCUACCUUGUGUUCUAAUCGCCAAGAAACGUUACGUUGGCUUCAAGUACGAAGACCGGAACCAGAUCGAGCCGGAAUUUGACGCCAAGGGAAUUGAAACGGUCCGACGAGAUGGCACCCCGGCUGAGCAGAAAAUUCAGGAAAAGGCACUUAAGAUCCUUUUCCGUACAUCAGAUCUGAGUCAGGUCAAGAAUUAUUUUGUGAACCAGUGCGCCAAAAUGAUGAAUGGAUCAGUUUCAAUUCAGGAUUUUUGCUUUGCCAAGGAAGUAAGAAUGGGAACAUAUAGCAAAAAGGGCAUCCCGCCACCAGGCGCUUUCAUUAGCGCCAAACGAAUGCUGACUGAUGCUCGGGACGAGCCCCAACAUGGCGAGAGGGUGCCUUAUGUAGUUAUUGCUGGAGCGCCUGGGGCCCGACUUAUCGACCGAUGUGUGGCGCCUGAAGAACUUCUGGGAAACGAAGAGAACGAAUUAGACUCGGAAUACUAUAUUACUAAAAAUAUUAUUCCUCCCUUGGAGAGAAUCUUCAACUUAGUCGGCGCCAAUGUUAGAGGUUGGUACGAUGAGAUGCCAAAGAUACAGCGAAUACGACGCGUCGAUAUCAAAGGUGGAAAAUUUAGGGAUGCGCCACCUAACCGAAGAAUACUCGAAGCGUACAUGAAAUCAUCAUCUUGCUUGGUGUGUCGCGAGAGACUCGAAAUGGAAGGACCUAUUUGCUCGAAUUGUAUGUCUGAUCGACCAAGAUCUAUCCUUGCUUUGCAGCAGAGGCUUAAUGCAACUACGAGAAAACUUUUAGACAUACAAAAGAUUUGCCAGAGCUGCUCAGAGAUAUCGCCUCUGGAAGAAGUGCGAUGUGACAGCAAAGAUUGCCCAGUCUUCUACACGCGAAUACGCCAAGGUACUCUAUUGAAAAACGAACAAAGGCUAAUUGAACCCAUGAUCGGAAAGCUUGCUAAUGAAAGAAUCACCUUGCGAGAUUUAGAAUGGUGA